AUGUCGACGAAUCCAUACAAUUCCCACCACGUCGAUACGCCAAUCAUUUAUGGCAUAGAUCCAUACGAGCAAGGCAAUCCAGACGCCUCCAUCCCUCCUAUUUCCCUGGACAAUGACUUCCAAGGGUAUAGGUGGGAAGUGACAACCAACGGGGUGCCAAUCAUGGUGCCCGACCGAUCGUCUGACAAUUCAACUCCGCUUGCUGCAAGCCCUCACCGUCCUCAUGCUUUCAUGGCUGGAUCUAACAACCAGCGCCGUCCACGUCCACGUGGACGUGGACAUCGAAGACGAGGACCCCUGGACCCACCUGAUGACAGCGUCUCCGACACAGAAGAGCCACGUCGUAUCAUACAAGUUGUCGUGCCUCGUCGCGAGCGUCCGACUGGAUCCUCAUCCAAUACAAGAAUUUCCAGCGAAGAGAAUCGACGACUCCAUGCUGCCAUUCUCCAGAUCUUGCACCACUCGGACCAGCUCUCUUACGAAGGACGAAGGGCUCUUGAGGAAGUGUUGUGGCAGGGCGGGAUGACCUACGAAGGGGUAAGCGAGGAGACUAUUGAUUUAAUUCGAUCACAAGUUCGCGCUCCAGACCGUUCUCAGAGCGAGGGGAGGGGGCGAUCGAACAGUCGUGGAUCAGAUGCCGGAGCUGAAGGAGCAGAGGGUGAAAGUGGUCAUACAUCUGUACUUGUGAAUCGACCCCUGCCACCAAGCCCGGAGAGUGAGCAAGCGGAGAGCGAACGAGUCAGGCAAUACGGGCGACUAGGAGAGGACUUGACGUGGGAGGGGGUGCGUCAUUGCCUGGGAGAACGUUUAUUCGCGGAACUGGGCUGGGUGGGCGAGUUUUGAAUAGGAUGAUAUCUCAGUCUGAUGGCGUGAUUACUAGAGCGACUCUGAUCCAGUCAGAUUGGAUUGUUGGUGAUAUUUGGCACAAAUAGCAGCGUAC